CCCUCGCGCAGCGCAGAACAUCCCACAGACUCGCGCGACACCAACAACAAUGGCAAACCGUAGUGUGUUUUGGUAGAAGAUUUCUGAUUGGAGCUAGACCGUCUGUAAGCUUAGACGCCGCAUUUGCGUGUAUUUCCUUUUUAAAUUGGCGAUUUUAUUUUAUUUUUAAAACAAGACAACGCGUCUGCUAGAUAUUUUUUUUGUUUUCCGAAAAUGUGCGAGGCGCAGUUGGCGAGCUCACACAGUCUGUGCAUGUGUGUCCCUGCUGCUUUUCCGCUGGGCUACAGCUCCUAACCUAGCUGCUUUUCACUCGGUGGGUAGCUAGCGUUAGCCUGGCCGCGUUUAUUGACUUACAGCCAAACAGAGGCGAAUUUAAACGUGUUUGUCGGAUCUGUUCCACGAUAACUGCGCUUAGUUGUUUGUCAAUCGUCGCUGUCGAGUACACUUAAGACGCAUUGUAUGAUUUGUCGUAGAAAAUACUUUGCUGGCUAGCUAACAGGCUAGCUAUUUGUGUGUUUUCUCCGACGAGUUUUCUUCGAAAGUAUGGAUGACCAGACUAGGAUGAUGACGGGUCUCACCGGACUCGGUGGACUAGCACAAGCCGAUGUCGUUGACCCAGACUCGGUUAGGAAGCAGCAGUCUCUCGGCCAGCCACAGCAAGACAUCGGGGAUAUCCUACAGCAAAUAAUGGCUAUCACCGACGAAAGCCUGGACGAAGCACAGGCCAGAUGCUGGCCAGAGGAAUCGCCGGCGCAUUGGGGUGGAUCAGACGACCCCACAGAGGGUGGGAGAGCAGGGGGGGGCAUAACAGGGGGUGACCUGCCUCUCAACUUCCAGCACAGGAAGCAUGCCCUGAACUGUCACAGAAUGAAGCCAGCCCUCUUCAGCGUUCUCUGCGAGAUCAAAGAGAAGACCGUGCUGAGUAUACGUGGUGUGCAAGAGGAGGACCCCCCAGAUCCCCAGAUCAUGCGGCUGGACAACAUGCUGCUUGCUGAGGGCGUGUCAGGACCAGAGAAAGGUGGAGGGUCGGCUGCAGCAGCAGCAGCGGCAGCAGCAGCAGGGGGCUCACCCACUGACAGCAGCAUCGAACACUCGGACUACAGAGCUAAGCUUGCCCAGAUCCGCCAGAUAUAUCAUUCUGAGCUGGAGAAGUAUGAGCAGGCCUGCAGUGAGUUCACCAACCAUGUAAUGAACCUGCUGAGAGAGCAGUCUCGCACACGGCCCAUCUCUCCCAAGGAGAUUGAGCGCAUGGUGGCCAUCAUCCACCGCAAGUUCAGCUCCAUUCAGAUGCAGCUCAAACAGAGCACCUGCGAGGCCGUCAUGAUUUUGCGCUCGCGCUUCCUUGAUGCCAGACGCAAGAGGCGCAACUUCAAUAAGCAAGCUACAGAGGUGCUGAACGAAUAUUUCUACUCCCACUUGUCUAACCCCUACCCUAGUGAGGAAGCUAAGGAGGAACUGGCUAAAAAGUGCGGGAUCACUGUGUCUCAGGUCUCUAACUGGUUUGGCAACAAGAGAAUACGCUACAAGAAGAACAUUGGUAAGUUCCAGGAGGAAGCAAACCUGUACGCAGUUAAAACAGCGGUGGAUGCUGCCAAUGUGUCUGCGCAAGCUAGCCAGGCUAACUCUCCUGCAACACCCAACUCAGGGUCCCCGGGGUCAUACAGUUUGUCUCACACAGGCGACACCUACCUCAGCCUGCGUUCACUCAACGGGGAGGGUCUCAACAUCACCUCCUCUAUGCAGCCCCAGGUGGAUACCCUGCACCGUGCUACACACCUGAUGGGCGGCUAUGAGGAGUUGUCAGGUAGUGGCCUCUACACCCCUCAUCGCCUGGAUGCUAACAGCUGGCAGGACACCACCAACCCCCCCUCGGUCACCUCCCCUCCCGGUCCUCCUGGCAGUGUCCACUCAGACACCUCCAACUGAUCCAAUGGCUCUCCCCGCCAUCACUUCAUUCCCACUCUGCUCUGACCACCACCCCCGUACCCAUGUUUCAGUAAUUUCUUGUCUCUCAGCUAGACGGCCACACAAGGCUGAAUUUACAUUUCAUAAACACUGUGCUGGAACACAGGACAGCCGGACAAGACAGAAAACAUCUUUACUAUUAAGGACUUUUUGAAAACCACUGACCCAGCCGUGUAGAUGUUCAUGAUGUCUGUACAUUAUGUGUAUAUGCACGUUAACUUCACGCAGUACUCACACAGCUUGACUUUGUGCUGUUGACCUCUGCACUCGUUCCUUUGCUUUGGAAAACUGUGAUUGCCUGUAUCUCACAAAGCCUUGGCAUUUGACAGCCAAACUGUUGAUACGAAUCACCAGGGAGCUCUGCUCACCUCGCUCGUACCAAAGUGCUGCCCCAGUAGUUGUCAACACAUCUGCUCCUCUGAGAUCACCCUCUGCCAACUCUUCACAAGAAACUGUUGUAUCUCCCAGUCCUUAUAGCUUGAUGUAUCAUUCUGUUGGAGAUUUCAAAGUGAGUAAUUUUAAAUAUGCACAGAGGUGCAUGCAGUCCCCACUUCCAUAAAACACUCCUCAACGUUUCAGUCGGUUUCAUAGAGAGCUGACAUAAAUGGCGUGUCAAGCACAAGUUAGCAUCCUUGUUAUGGGUGUCUCUACCUGUGAAAGGGUAGUUAAGGGGAUCACUGUUCUAAACCAGGCAGGACAGAUGAUAAUAGGGCUGGUGAGGAGAGAAGGAAAGAGCAGAGAGAGGAGAAUAUCUUUGGUUGCGUGGAUGUAACUAUUAGCCCUUUUUGUUGCUAACCAAUAGAGGGUGUUAGUAGAUGGCUUGUAGACUUUACUUCUUGCUUUCUGUCCACUAGUUUAUUUUAUUGUAGGCUAUUUUCUAAUGCUGUUUCACCAGGAAUGCACCAGCCACCACCAAAAAUGAGCUCAAUAAAGCAUCUAAAUGACGAUAGGAGAAGGGUGGAAGGACUGUGGGGCAUUGAUGUGUUAUUGGGACAAACGUGACAUGAAUUUAGAAAUGUGACUUGUCUUCCAUGCAUGUAGGACUUCUAGGUGUGAUAUUGUUUUCAUUUAACCUUCCAAGUUUUAGCUUCGUUUUUAUUAACAAAAGAUAAAGGGUAUAAUUAUUACAGUCAGACCAAAAAGGAUAAAGUGCAUCAUGUAUUGCUAUGAUGUGUGUGUCUCUGUAUGGGCGUGUGUACAGUGUUUUUGGGAUGUUUUAGUCAAACUGGCUGGUUGCCCUUUGACCAUGUUAAGCAUUAUAUCGACCGGGUGCUUCCACCUGCCAGCAACAUUACCACGUGGGAUUCAACUGAGUCGCCCUCCCCAUCUUUUAGACGUUUAAGCCUGUGAGCCCGAGGGAAACGCACUACGACCUUCUGUUGUACCAAACCAAAAACACCACCUUUAGCAAUGUAAUAAUGCGACUCUGCGUCUAUGAAGUUGGUGCGCAGCCUCCUUUUCAGCUCCAUGGGAGGAGGGAUUUACAUUUGUGUGUCUCUGUGUGGUAUCAUCAUGCCUUGAGUUCAUUAUCUUUUUUUUUCUCUUUUCUUAAAUGGUGGGGGGUUUGUUGUGGGGCUUUAUGGGAGGAGGGUGGUUGGAGUAAUAUCACACCUGUAAUUUGAUUGUGAGCAUAGAAAGUAUGAAAAGUAUGAAAGUUUACUGUUCUCUGUACCCAUCCUUUAACACCUAAUAGUGAAACCACAAGUAUAUUGUUUUUAGUUUAUUGGCCUAUUGGGCAAGGGCUUCUCUCUCUUCUCUGUUACCAAAAAAGAGGCAGCACUGGGUGUAGUAAAGGUUUUAACUUGUGUUUAAGAAAAACUUUAGUGUUUUGGGGAUUUUCAUUCUUUGGAACUAUUUUAUACAUUAACUGUUAUGUGAAUAACAAAGCAUUUUGAUAGUAAGGCAAAGCCUUAUGAAGAUUUAAGUGUCAGCCUAGACUUUGUUGAACCAUAUGUUACAGAACAAAACUUGAGUUUGUACGCUGGUCACACGUGAUAUCCCACCUCUUAAUUACCGGUUUUGUUACUCAUCGCUGUUCAUACGACUGUAUCUUAUGAAUAACGUUAUCAUCACACCAAAUUAUGACGCCCCCCCCUUUUUCUACCUGUUGUAAUGGAUGUCACUGUACAGUUUGUGUAAUGUUUCAGUAUUUUUUUUUUUCCUUUUAUAAACUUUGGCGUUUGAGAUGGCAGGUUUUAUUUGUCCUUUGUGUCACAGGAUUCAUAACUAUCAAUUUUGAAUAUUAUUUAGGUCUUUUGUUACAUAACUGGGUGGCAAUGCAGGGUUUACACAAGUAAUAUUUGGUGCUAUGGAAAGAUAACUUUGUCAACUGGGGCGAGAUUUGGUGAACUUUGCAGAACUGAUGACGGACCUCGUUUUUGAUUCCUUUGAGUUGCUGCAUUUUCAAGGUCACUUCUCCAAAUAAUCAGCCACAUUUGUUCUGAAAUCUGCUGAACCUUCAGGCAAAAGUAUUUUUAUAGAGACACUGGUGAGAAUUCAGGUCUUUGGAGCGUCAGGUUCAUCAGCCCAUGACCGUGUGUGAAGAAGCAGAUGUUGCCUGUUUUGUGGAAACACAUUAAAACAGGAUAUUGUUAAAACCAAAUUACAUUUGAACGCUACAGGUUCAAAUGAAUGAAUGAAACUGUUUUUCUUUUGAAAUCUAGUUUGGGUUCUGCAAGUGACUAAAUGACUUCCACAGCACCAAAUGCCUGUGUAAACCUCUGGUUUCUUUGUUUUAUUAGUAUAUUUGUAUCUUCCCUCUUUCCCUUGUAUUUACCCCUCUCUCUACCUCCGUCUUUCCAUUUCUCUUGUAUAUAACCCUACUGUUUUCAGACUUGUGAGUCUGUAUGAACUCCUUUUAUACCUCAACUUUAGAAUUGUUCUAGAAAGAGUAAAACAAAAAGAAUAUGACAAAUUGUAGUGUUCUUAAUAGAAAAUCAAUAAAAUAAUUUAGUGUGA